AUGCCUUCACCUCCUCCUACACCACGACAGCACCUACUCAUCUACCGUCCAUCCGCAUACCUCAACACAUCAAUCGUGGGAACUACGUUAGUGCCAACCGACAAGCCGAAGAACGCCUUUGCCCGCGCCCUUUCCGGCAUAAUUGCCAACACGACUCGUGGCUUCCGACAGCACGCCAAUCGUUUAAAUCCUCCUCCAUCACCUAAAGAGAAGACAGGUGAUGGAUCAAACCCGAACCAUCCGCCAGACAAGCACGGGGACUCAACCGUCGCUCCGCCAUACUUUGGCAGCGAAAGCUACGGCGGAUGGCCAUCUCAGUCGCCCCGCGCUUCUGGUCCUCAACCGCCUACCAGACCAAGACAAAGGAGAAGUGGGACAGUCGUAUGCCGCGCGACUUCGUCAAAGCCAUCGAAGACAACCACAUCCUCGACAUCGCCGCCAAAGGUCGUCUGCGCUGGUAGCGCCGCGAGACUCGACCCGGCCGUCCUCAACUUCCUGAGCAUCGCAUACUUGUUGGCGAGAAUCGCCUUCAUCUACCUCUACAUCCACAGUGGGACUGCUGGAGUCGCCAAGGCUCGUACGUGCGCAUACAUGGGAGGAAUGGGACUGCUCUUCACGAUCUUCGUGAUGGCUGCUGCUGCGUUCACUGAUCGUCUGCAUUGGUCGCGCCGCGAGACUGGCGAAGAGUCAGCAGGGCGCCGGCGAAGACGUCCACCACUCAUGUCGGCCGUGAAGUGUCAGCUUCGCUACACCAUCCUUCCCGGUGUCAGAUCUUUGACACCACCUCCAUCGCCUGUCAGACAAUUUCGGGGACUCAACCGAUGCCUCGCCAUACUUUGGCAGCAGAAGACACGACAGGUGGCAGAGGGGAGGGACUGGGCAUAG